GGAAAAUCCUGCUCUUUACCCAUAUUUGCAGAGCAGGGAGAGAGAAGAGGUCGCAGCGACAUUUCAUUUACCAGAUAGUAACGGGCUGCUGAAAACCAACUAGCUUACCCUGUAGCAAAGAUGCAGGCUGUUACCAUAAAAGAGGAAGUUCUAGAACUAGAACCUCUCCACAUUAAAGAGGAACCUGUUGACCUAGAACCUGUGCAGUUUGCAAACGACAUCAGUGAACUGGGAUCAAUCCACAUUAAAGAGGAGACCCCAGAAGCUUUCUUAAAUAACAGCAUGGGUCCCACUACUGAAGAGGUGCCUGAGAUGGGUCCCACUCCUUUGAGACACCCCAUCCAAAUACAUCCCUCGUCAGAAACCUCAGGCGACUUCCAUCAGUGUGCCGAGUGUGGAAAGUGCUUCAGCCUCUUAAAAUCGCUCAGACGGCACUUGCAAACUCACACGGAUGUGAAGCUGUAUCGCUGUAUAGAAUGCGGGAAAAUUUUCAGGAAGAUAAGCGACCUGAAAAAGCAUCUGGGAAGUCACACUGGAGCAAAGCCGCAUUCCUGCACAGAGUGCGGGAAGAGUUUCCAGGAACAGCGACACCUUCGAAGGCACCAGAGAAUUCACACAGGAGAGAAACCGUUUCCCUGCUCUGAAUGUGGGAAGCGUUUCAGUCAACUGGGAAGCCAGAAGAAACAUCAGCAGACGCACACGGGGGAGAGACCAUACAUCUGUACCGAGUGUGGGAAGAGCUUUAGGGAUUUCUACAACCUUAAAAUCCACCAGAGAAUUCACACAGGAGAGAAACCGCUACACUGUCCAGAUUGUGGGAAGAGUUUCCGAUAUUUAAACAGCUUGAAAAUUCACCAGCAAGUCCAUACGGGAGAGAAACCGUUUCACUGUACAGAGUGCGGGAAGAAUUUUAAUUUGUUUGGAAACCUUAAAAAACACCAGCGAGUUCACAAAUAAAAGUGGAAUGUAAAAAGAUAAAUAAA